AUGAGCCAAGCAGAUCAGAGGCCCAUGUUGGACGAGCGCAUGUCUGCGUCACCUCGAACCUUGCAGUGGACUCCACAGCAGGACAGGGAAACACAGAGCCGCAAUGGAAAUGAGCCCCUUCUAACAGCCGAUUGGCUUGAGACGAUUGUUAUGGGACACCGCGUCCCGAGUGCAGUUCCUGCCACGCUAAGGGCUGAGCUAUCUCAGCACCGGGAACCCAACCGCUCGCCUUCACAUCAAAAUACCACACCUGGUGGUCAAUUUCCUCCGUUGUGCGAACGGCUCGCCUCUCGCGAAAAUCCGGCGACUAUCCAUCUGCCGUCAUAUCUGCCACCGCUAGCAGAAGCCCUAAGUCUAUUUCGGUAUUAUUGCAAAUACCUAGACUUUCAGUAUCAUCUCAUCAUACCCAGACAUGUGGAGCAACAGAUUAAGAAUAUUUAUGAGCAUGUUGCGCGGAAUGGGUCCAUCAAUUUGGCUCAUACCGCGCUACUGUUUGCUAUCACUGCUGCCGCCCUGUAUUACCAACUUCUGAUAGAGUCACCCGAGCACGCAGAACCAUUCAGUCAAGAACACACAUUUCUGGCAGGGGCUGCAUUGAUCCAGAGCAAUUAUAUACCUUAUCCCAGCCUCGAAGGACUGCAAGCGACUAUGGUCAUUGGUCAUCAUCUGUCCAAUAUGAAUGUGCCCCCCUCCGUCAGUCCGCUGUUUGUGCAUAGGUCAUUUGUGAGUCAAGCCAUUAGUAUGGGGCUUCAUAUUGUGGACUGUCCUCGGGUUGUGAUCGAACGCUCAGCGAAUGAGUUUGAUAAAACAAAUGUUGAGCUUAAACGGCGGCUGUGGUGGGACUUGGCAACAUACGACUGGUUGAUAGGCUUUUUGAGCGGACCACAAGAGUGGACGUAUUCGAUCCACCCUCAGCAUAUGGUUGUACAACAGCCUCUCAAUAUUGAGGAUGAGGACAUCGACCAUAUCGAGAACGGUGUUCCUCUGUCUACUCCAACCGCAAUGACAUACAGUCUAUGUCGAUCGAAGUUGGCUGUUGUGUGUCGCCAAAUAGUGGACGAGAUGGCAUACUUCCAUUUCCAUGAACAAGAGGUACCCUAUGAGAAGAUACUUGAGCUCGAUCAAAAGCUUCACAAGAUAUGUGCUGAGCUUCCCAGUUUCUUUCGCUUUGAUCAAACCUCUCGGCGUGAAUACUCAGCGCUCUAUCAUGAGCGGCCAGCUCUUGCAUGGCAGCGAGCUCUAGUACAACAGGGCUAUCAUUCACGGCUCUGUCGGUUGCAUCGCCACUACCUAGUGCGUGGGGCAAAGGAGCCCAAAUACUCCUAUUCGCAUGUCGUAGCUCUUCGAUCUGCGCGCAAGGUGCUUGAAGUGAAACGCAUUAUGGAUGAGGAAGAGCCUGUAUUCACACCGCAUAGCUCGGUCAUAUGGGCAGUCAUGCACCACGUGUUCAUGGCAGCUGCCAUUCUUCUGAUAGAUGUGUGUUUCAACUGGGACGACAUUCUGGCCGAGAAGCGAAAAGAGGAAGUACUCGAUGCCUGUCGAAUGCUCAGCCGGGCACAACAAUCCUCGCCCAUCGCACGUGAAGGAAUCAAGGCCAUGAUGGGUAUCUUGCGAAAGCAUUGGAAACACGAAAAAAGAGUAAGCUCUCGUGACUUGCAGGAGCUUUCUGCAUCUUCGAAUUCAAAUUCCGCAACAGUCAAUGCCCCACAGCCGGAUAUCCCCACGCCUGCUUCGUUGGAUCCCAAGAACAUCACAUUGCCCAAUGCUCAAUUGACGGUGUGCCCUUCAGAAGAUGCAUUGCUUACUCCAUUGCCUCUUGAAGACUUAUGGGCAGAGAUGCUAGAUAGCAGCGCUAAUGUUGAGCUGAGCACACCAGACUGGACAGACUUGCUUACCGAGUUGACAAAUGUUACUUUGCCAAGCGAGUAA